AUGAAGAAAUCAUCUGCAUAUUUAUGUCAAAUAGUAGUAAGAAGUAAUGGUCUUGUGCAGAAAGCAUGCUGUGGAUGCCCAGCUGGCAUAGAUGGACGCUGUAACCAUGUUGCAGCAACACUGUUCUCCCUAGAGGAGUUCUGUAAAGUCAGGGAGAAGCAAGAAAAUGAAGAGGCGUCUACUUCUCAAAAAUGCAAAUGGAAUGUACCUAGGAAGCGCAAAAUUGAUCUCGUACCGAUUGCAAAUUUUAAGUUCCGUAAACAUGAGCAUGGAAAAGAGAAGAAGUUAAGACAUCCAGUUAUUUCACCUGGACRUGAUGUGAGACCAGCUAGUCACCACAACACUGACACUAACAAGAAUACAAAACUUUAUAACAUUUACUCUAAAGUUAUUGAUUUUCAAGACAAGACUGGUAAACUUAUUGGUCUUAGUCAUAUCUUACAAAGACAUACAACAGAUAACAUCAAAGGUGCUGUAAGCUUAGACCAUAAUUAUUCCAAACUGCCCCCUAAUGAUGAUGAUGAGCCAUUAAGAAGUGAUGGUCAACCUACAGAUGAUAAAGAGUCAAUCAGUGAUUUCAACUUGAUCUCUCCAAUUAAAGUCCAUCCUGUAUCUCUAUCAGAAAUCCAGAAGAGAUGUGAAGCUGUCAUUGAUAAACUACAAAUAACAGAAGAAAAAGUACACAACAUUGAGCUUCAAACUAGAAAGCAAUCGCAGUGUAGUGAAUGGUUUAACCAUAGAAAAUACAGGAUCACUGCCUCUAAGGCUUACCGUUGUGCCUCACUAAAACAAUCAACUUCACCAACAAAAGCAGUUGAAGAAGUUUUGGGUUACAAGAAAGGUUAUUCCUCAAAAGCAAUGGAAGAUGGUCUUAAACAAGAGCCAAUUAUAAUCAAUGAAUACAUCAAAGAGAAAGAGAAGAAUGGUCUAAGUGUUGCUGUGAAAGAUUGUGGCCUUUUUGUUAGUUCAACACAUGGUUUCCUUGGGGCAAGUCCCGAUAGCUUAAUCACUAAACAUGAUGGUAACUCUGAAUCGACUGGUUUGCUGGAAAUAAAGUUCAUUCAAGUAGAUGAGUCCGAAACACUCGCAGAUGCACUAGUACGAAAGAGAAUUUGUGUCUCUAUCAAUGAUUGUGUUGAAGUUAAUACAAAGCACAAAUAUUAUUAUCAAGUCCAACAUCAGAUGUUUGUAACAGGCAAGACAUGGAAUGAUUUUGUUGUAAAGGGCUCAUUGGAUAGCACACUGUAA